AUGUCCUCACAGGCUCGUGUCCGUCGACGAGCUGUUGCUUGCGCCCGAUGUCGUUUGCGGAAGGUAAUGUGUGAUGCUGUCUCCCCAGCCUGUUCGCGGUGUGUCGAUGCCGGCGUUCCUUGUGUUGCGUUGGAUUCGUCAACCAAACGAGCAGCUCCACGGAGCAUUGCCCAGUACCUGGAGACGGAAAUCGCAAAUCGCGAGAGGCAUCAUUCGAGCCUGAGGUCAACGGGGCCAGGGCAAGAAUUCAGCCCGGCUGCCCAUCCUCCAAGUUCUCCUGGCGGUCAGCAAUGCUCUCUGUCGGAUCUCGUCAUUAAAGACUUCACGCCGAACUUUCUAGGCUUAUCAGCAGCUAUACCGUUUGCACGGUGUGUUGUUGUCGGGACUCGAAUCCCCUCAACCCGACUUUUCGGGGCCACGGACAUAGAUGAGCACCAUCCCAGAUCAAUCAUCAAUCCAUUUCCGCUUGGCACACCAUUAAAUUCGAUACCACUCGAUGCAUCCAAAUAUCUCUUUGAUAAUUAUAUGAACCGGGUAGCAGCUCAGUAUCCAAUCUUCUACUCAAACCACGUGAUAUCUUGCUACAAUUCUGUCUUCAAGCGGUCAUCAGGGAACUCGAACUUCGGAGCGGAAGCAAAUGCCUAUGAGAUAUAUGUUGUCAGUCUCAUAAUGGCCAUCUCUUUGACUACUGCCGCUAGAACUCAGCAAGCACGAGCAAAUUCCAUUGCUUCCGGACUAUUUAAGAAUGCUAUUCGUCAAAUUCCGGAAGUUCUCACGAAUGAUUUCAAAGGGCUACAGGCCUUGCUCUUGCUGCUUCAGUACGCCUUUCUUGACCCCGGCGCUGCCAAUAUAUGGCUGCUUUCGGGAUUUUCAAGUCAGGCUUGCAUAGACCUCGGAUUACACCAAGAACUUCCCCCAGAUUCUCCUGUCUCGAUCCUUACCCGGGAUAUGAGGCGCCGCGUCUUUUGGUGCGCCUAUGAGAUGGAGAUUGCAGUCUGUGGUGGGCUUUUGCGACCAACAAGCCUUCUUGGUAAAAAUAUCAAUGUAUCUUUCCCCACGGACAUUGAGGACAACGCUAUCUGUGGGGCCGGGAUUGAUCCAAAAGGCCGGCCAUCUAAGUUCACAUCUCAUAGAAUAUGGCGUUUCCGUCAGAUUGAAUGCGAGAUUGUGUCAGUCCUCUUCCAGAAUGAAGAGCCAUCCGAUGCCUCAAUGUCACUAGAGGCUUGGAUGGACAGUAUGGAGAAGGCCAUACACGAAUGGGACGACGAAGUUCAUCGCUCCGCAGCCUCCAACAUGGAUCCUUCUCUGAAUUCACAAUGGGCAGAAAUGGACCUCUACGCUAAUAUUGCAACUCCGUACAUUAUAGUCACUCUCUACCGGCCCAGUCCUCGGAUCCGGGAACCAACCUGCCAAAACCUUAUGAAAGCUUUUAUAGCAGCGGUAAGGGUCGCGGACGGAUACUUCACACAGGCAAAUCUGGACUUUGGCAACAGCAAGUACGUGUUUCACCAAUGUCAUCACACAUUUGCCUCAGCUGUUGCUUUUCUACAAGCGCUUCAGAGGUGCAAAGAUAGUGUCUGUACUCUAUACUCUUUAGAUCAGGUCGAAGGCUUUAUGGCCUCGUUCUCACGCCUGUUUUCAACGAUGGCAGAGCGGUGGCCUGCUGCAUCACGUUGCUUGGAGGAGUAUGAGCGACUGUUAGCACCAGUCAAGAAAGAUUACGUCGACUUCAUAACCCAGCGAGCUCGAACCCGAAGUUUUUCCCAUGGGACCUCGGAUCUCAGCACUCUCGUUGGAUUUCCCGAGGAACUUAUGGACCCAGUUACCAACCUUGACGAGAUGUUCAAUUUCGGCUCCUUCUUUCACCCGGCAGGAUCUUCUACUGUUGAAGAGCACAGUUGGUUAUAUUCCCAAGUACCAACAAAUUGGAAUGCAGAGUUUGAUUUCGAAAUGGAUUAA